AUGAAUGAGGUCCGUUCCAGCAAUUUUGUCAUUAGCUACGACCCGAGUUUCGUAGAGCAACACUCUAAUAGUUCAGAGUUCAAUGAUUCACCCAAAGCAUUCGUGUCGAAGUGGGGAAAGCACGUGCAUGUAACAAAGAGCUGUCUUCUGCGACAAGUGGAGAACUAUAAAGGAAUCGAAACGCCGAACGAAGUCGCCACAAAUGAUGGCAAAUGUGACCAGACGAAACACCUAGCCGACCAAAAGAUAAGCAUGGAGAGGCUUUUGAACUGUCACAAUUACGAGGAAGACACUAAAAGUGUUUACCGCAUUAACAGCUUUCAAAGCGGCCGCAGUGUCGUUAUAAAAAAUACUUCGAAGUUCUUGAAGACACAGCAAAUGUUCCCGGGCAUUUCGAAUAUGUUCAACGCCCCGACAAAGAACUCUGGAAAGAAAUUCAAGAACUCGUCUUCCGAUACCAAUGAUGAGUUUUAUUGCGCCCGUUGCGAAAGAAGACGUGUCAGAAGGUUGAGAAGACGACUGUACUACGACAUGAUAACCCCACGUUACAUUAUCGGUGAUUACAGACCACCGAUUUCCGUCGGACCAGCGAAUGAACUGAGAUCCUCAUUAUUUUACAACGCCAAAGAAUAUAGAAGUCAGUUUUACGAAUACAGCUCCAGCAGUCUUUCCUCUUUCGACUCUGAAAUCGAAUACAAUUCCUGGCAAAAUAACGACCAUAGGUACGUGAAAAAUAAUAUUCUUAAAGGCUACGUGAAAAAUAUAUCAAAUCGAAAAUACUUCAAGGACAAGAAACAACAGUGUCCCUCCAGAAUCAGGCAUUCGGCUCCAUAUCAGGUUAUUGCAACUCCAUGUUGGGAGGAGCCUAAAACAAGAAAUGCCGAAACAAACGCAAGCCCCCGCAGCGAGUUGCCAUCUGCCUCUUCCAGUUUUUGGGAAUAUGUCGUUGAUAAAAUAACUAAGAAGCAGAUGAAGCAACAAAAUAAACAAGUGGAUUCCGAUUAUUGUUGUCCAUGUAAGCAUUCACAAACAACAGAUAAAACACCGAAGAUACCAUGUGGCGCUAAGGCAUCACAGACAACUGCAAAUGAAAUUGAUAAGAAACACAGUAAAGUUUUUACGGGUCAGGAAAAAAACAUAGCAAAGAUUGAUUUGAAACCCUUAAAGGAGUUGGCGAGUAAAGCCUGCAGCUGCGAAUGCUUUGGUACGUUCGACACUGCUUCCAGAGAUGUCCAACUGAAUCCAAAGAAAGUUGACAAAUGUGACUGUGCGGUGUGCACUUCACCUAAACUAAAACAACCAUAUCCAAAGGUGAAUGUGAAAGAAGAAUGUGCCCCUAGUAAAUCCAGAACAGUGAAGAAGGAAAAGACAUGUCAGGCUUCGCACGAGGAAAUCAAAAAGAUACUGAAACAGAAAUAUAAUGGAGAAAUACUGUGCAUUCAUAAUCCACCUUGCAUUCUUAUCAAUGGUUGCCUCAACUUGCCCACAACUAGUGUGAAGCCGACGACAGUCUACCCGACCCAACUAAAGAAAGGAAGUGUUUAUAACAUGUACAAAAGAAUGUGGCGGCAAAAGGGCAAGGCCCCCGAAAAUGUUGACAGUGACUUUGCUUACGUCCCGUCGAAUGUCAGAUUGCCGUCGCGGUCGCGCCACGCGGAAGAACUGAAACAUACCUUCUUCCAAAAUCCGCUCUGCGAAUUGGUGCGUUUGUGCUCUAAGCCCAAAUACGCCACCGACUCGGGUAACCAACGGGCUACUUUCAAAAGGCCUACAAACUGUCCUCCACAACGGCCGAAGAGUUCCGGCUGGCCUAGUGACGUGCCCGUCUACCGCAAGAGGCGUCUGCUGAAAAUGAUCAGGGCGAGACAC